GGAAGCACCUUGCUGAGGAUUUUGGUUGCUGUUUUACAUAAAACUAGAGGGUGCAAUCCUUGUAUUACCUUUUCAAUUCAUUUGCAGAUAAAGCACUUCAAAGUAUGUUCUUAUUUUUCUUGUUGGGUUUCUUGAGCAAAUAUACUGAUUCAGGGUUGUUUGUAUUGGGAAGCAAACAUUAACUCCCUGGAAAAUACAAAAAUGGCUGGAAUAUAAUUUAAGUGUAGUGUUCAUGGAGAAGGUUUGACUGUGAUAACAAAGCAAAGGCAGUAUCAUGGGAUGUGUCACCGUUAAGAACCAAUUUUCCAACAUGUCCCCCAUUUUAUUAACUACUUGAUAGUCAGAGCUAUCUUAACAAGGAUAAACAAAUCCUAUUAACUGUUCUGUAAUUAUGAAUGACCAGACACACUCGUAUUAUUAUCCCCUGCUAUGUGGAUGUUGCUACAGCUGCUGCAACAGUCUGACUCUUCUUAAGACAGACACUUGUGGCUUAAGAUGUCUUAAGAGCCUGCCUUUAUGAUCUGUAGCUAUCAAAGUUAAAAAUGGUGUUAUGUAUUAUAAUAGGUGUAAAAAAGAUACAGAAAAGUUGCAAUCACAUGAUGAUGACUAGCCAGCAACAAGUAAUUACUUGCAACACAAAAUUAUUCCAGACAGCUAAUUAAUCAAAACACUAGUUUUAUAUCAGCUUCCUGAAUUUCAGUACUUAGUGGUAAACCACAAUAGCCUGGUGUCACACAAGUCAAGUACCACUUUGAGGAACAUGUGAAUUUUCUGAUUCUUUUAAGCAUUGUAAGUAAGCUCUCUGUGUGUGUAUGUGUGUGUGUGUGUGCAGUGGAUGUCUACAAGCCUUGCUGAGCUACUAACAUUUAAAGUUUGGCAGUGAGAGAGGACUCCUGGUACCAGAGUGAGGAGCGCUGUAAAUAAUUAACUGGAUCAUUAAAUUGUUAUUUGUUAACCCGUGCUAGAAGGAGAAGGUGGGAGGGGGGCAGGUGGGAAUCUGCUAAGCUCAUCAGAAAUACGUUGUUUUUUGCACCAGAAAAAUAAGGUGACUGUGGAAAGAGAAAUCUGAAAGGGAAAAGAAAUGUAAAUGAGGCAGGGCAUGUAAUGCCUGUUUGCACAUGAAAUUCCCUUCCUGAUUAGAUUAAAAAGGCAAUUUUUUACAGAGCCUGCAACUAAGGGGGGGAGGGUGGAGGCGAGAAGAAGGAGAUUUUAGCAGGGGUAGUAGUGUAAGGUCUGGCACCUCCUGCAGGAGCCAGGCACAGCCUGCUCGCUUUCCCAGCCGCCGCACAUGACAGGCACAGCCUGAAGUCAACUCAAAGUCACCCGAGGAGACACAAACCUGCGCUGCGGCUGCCGCACCUGCUGCACGCAGGCGGGGAGCAGCACAGCCCCGCUGCCAGCUCCGCUGCUGUCCCUGCUGCUAGCCCUGCUGCCAGCCCUGCCCUGGGGCCACCAGAGCAUCCCCCGCUGCGGGCACAGAUUCCUCAGCAGCUCCCGGGAUCCUGCCGGCAAGGAUGCGCCGCUGCCGCAUCUGACGCGCCUCUCCCCAGAGAGCUCCCGGUAGUUGGAAGGCAAUAAAACAAGCGAGAAGCCCAUGAGAGCAUCGCACGAGGAGCCGGCUGUAUAAAAGGACUUUGGAGAGGAAUCUGGUAUGGACAAAGAGCCUUUCGGGCGAAGGACUAUAUUUUUGCUUCUCGGUUGCAGAAAUUAAGGGUGUCAGAGAGGAGAUUUGUAUCCUGAAGGAUUCUUCCGUGGCCUUUUUGGUAUUGUUCUUCUCUUUCCCCUUGCACACCGCACAGUGCUGAGCUUUUGCUGUGGAAUUAGAGUCUCUGCCACUCAGCCUCCUGUUCCAGCCGGGAGGAAGAGGUCUUUCUCCCCCUCCAUCUGUGCAGGCACUUCUGUUUGAGUGGAGGAUACAUCUUUUUGCUGAAACUCUUUUGUUGUGGCAUUGCAUAAUAGGCAGUUGUCUUACUGCAGGAAAUAAAAGAAACGAAAGGAAAUAGAUGGAAGGAAAUUGUUCCCCAAAGCAAAACUGAAGCAGAGAAGAGAACAUCGAAAUCAUUUCAAGCCCUACCCAAGAUCUAGAAGACCACAGGUCUCCUAGCUCCAGAGGAAAAUACACUCUUACAAAAACUCCUCAGCAGUCAGUGGUGAUGAGUAAUCGUGGUGUUCUGUUUGGAUGCUGCUGGUGAAGGGGAGCUCUGGAGGGACGUGGGGGCUCUGGCCUGUAUGAUGCCUGAAGACAGAAAUGCUGGAGUCCGCAGCCCAGGUGCCUUAGCAGCAGCUCCCUUCAUUCCUAAAACUACUUACAGGAGAAUUAAGCGGUGUUUUAGUUUCCGCAAAGGAAUUUUUGGGCAGAAGCUGGAAGACACCGUGCGGUACGAGAAGCGCUAUGGGAACCGCCUGGCUCCCAUGCUGGUGGAGCAGUGCGUGGACUUCAUCCGCCAGCGGGGGCUGAAGGAAGAGGGCCUUUUCCGACUGCCUGGGCAGGCUAAUCUCGUCAAGGAGCUGCAGGAUGCGUUUGACUGUGGAGAAAAGCCUUCUUUUGACAGCAACACAGAUGUGCACACCGUGGCUUCGCUGCUCAAGCUGUACCUAAGGGAACUCCCAGAACCUGUUGUACCAUAUGCAAAAUACGAAGAUUUUCUUUCCUGUGCCAAAAUGCUCAGCAAGGAGGAAGAAACGGGCCUGAAAGAACUGGUGAAGCAAGUGAAGAGCCUGCCAGCUGUCAAUUACAAUCUGCUGAAAUACAUCUGUAGAUUCCUUGAUGAAGUCCAGUCGUAUUCAGGUGUAAACAAAAUGAGCGUGCAAAACCUGGCUACGGUUUUUGGCCCCAACAUCCUGCGCCCCAAAGUGGAAGAUCCUCUGACUAUCAUGGAGGGUACAGUAGUAGUCCAGCAGCUCAUGUCUGUGAUGAUUAGCAAACAUGAAGAGCUGUUUCCCAAGGAUAUAGACCCUCAGAUGGGACCCGAGGUGUGCAACAACAACAACGAAAUUCCAAAGAAAACCACUGCAGGGCAGCUACAGAACAAAGAGAACAACAAUACCAAGGAGACGGCAGUGAGGCGCUGCUCUUGGGACACACCCGAGUCUCCCCAAAGGGGAAGCAUGGACUGUGAGUCUCCAACUGCUCUGCCAGGCAGCAAGACAAACAGCCCCAGGAACAGCAUCCAGAAGCCAGAUGUCACCAGGAGCCCACCACUCAUGGUGAAAAAAAAUCCUGCGUUUAAUAAAGGUAGCGGCAUAGUCACCAACGGGUCCUUCAGCAGCUCUGUGGAAGGACCAGAGAAGAGCCAGACCUUACCAAACUGCUCCCUGCAAGCCAGGAGAACGUCGUCCCUGAAGGGGCCGGUGACCAAGAUGGGGACCCAGAGCGUGCAGAACGGAGGGGUGCGGAUGGGCGUGUCCAGCACCGACGGGCACAGCAGCACCCUCGGGAACCGGAGCCCGGGCUGGGUGCCCAAUGGCUACGUCACCCUGAGGGACAACAAGCACAAGGAGCCAUCAGUGGGCGAGUCAGGCCAGCACAACAGGCUGUCCACCUACGACAACGUCCACCAGCAGUUCUCUAUGGUGAACUCUGAUGACAAGCAGAGUGUGGACAGUGCCACCUGGUCCACGUCCUCAUGUGAAAUCUCCCUCCCGGAGCACUCCAACUCCUGUCGCUCAUCCACCACCACCUGCCCCGAGCAGGACUUUUAUGCGGGUAACUUUGAAGACUCUGUGCUGGAUGGGCCACCACAUGAAGACCUCUCUAACCCGGGUGACUAUGAGAACAAAAGUGACAGGAGGAGUGUGGGGGGCCACAGCAGCCGAGCCACCAGCAGCAGUGAUAACAGUGAGACAUUUGUGCCCAGCAGUACCAACAACCACAGUGCUUUGCACAGCCUGGUGUCCAGCUUGAAGCAAGAAAUGGCCAAGCAGAAACUAGAGUAUGAGACAAGGAUAAAAAGCCUGGAGCAGAGAAAUCUCACCCUGGAGACUGAAAUGAUGGCCCUGCAUGAAGAGCUGGAUCAAGAGCGGAAGAAGUUCACAAUGGUAGAAAUCAAAAUGCGUAACGCAGAGCGGGCGAAGGAGGAUGCGGAGAAGAGGAAUGAUAUGCUGCAGAAGGAAAUGGAGCAGUUUUUCUCUACUUUUGGAGAACUGACAGUGGAGUCUCGCAGACCAGAAAGAGGCAACACCAUCUGGAUCCAGUGAGCUGUGGAGGCAUAGACUGUGGGACUUGAGGGAAGGGCGUGGGGGUAUUAUACUGUAUCAGGUGGCUGGUCACCUGUCUGAGGCUAGUACUCGACAAAAUGUUACAAACCCUUGAAGAAAGAAAUCAUACAUACAUUAAGCACUCAUAUCUACAGUGUGUACUUAUCAAGUUAUACUCUUUGAAUGCUUCAUGAGACUACUGUCAAGUGUUACAACUGGAUAUGUGUAUAUAAAUUUAAAAACCACCUUAGAGCAAGAGAUGUAUCCGAAGAAAUAUUUUAAUGCAAGUCUUGUAUUUAAGCUGGUAAAUUGAGAUGUUGUUGCAAUCAAGCUUUAUAUAAAGGCUUUUCUCCCUUGCACUUAACAUAAUAAGCUAUUUUUGGCAUUGUGUUACCAUCAGCUUAUUUUGUAUAUCAAAUGGUUUUUUUGUUUUUGUUUUGUUACCCCUUUUGCUGGGGAGUAAAGAUAAACAGAUAUGUUAAGGUAAA